UUUCAGUAAUUUGAUAAAAAAUUAAGAGGAUUGCAUGCACAAAUUAAGGAAAACAUGCGACGGAAAUGAGAGAAAUUAAGCAAAAUACUAAAAUUCCAUCAAAAGGGGUUUUGAUAAAACUGCAGAACAAAAAAUUUGGUCUGUUGAUCUGAUAUCGGUUAGCCGGGUAGGCAUGUUGGUCAAGACAAAACAUUAUGUUAUUAUUUUUACCUGAUUUUAAAAUCUCUCUGUACUUUUAAAAAAAUAAGCUAUUAAAUUUGUUGAUCAAAAUAUACGUUCGAACCAUUUCUUUGUAAAUUAAAGUUAUAAAGUAAAACAUAGGUGGUGUGGGGAGCAAUUUAAAGAUGGUGACCCGAAAAAAGCUGAAGUUAGUUGUUCGAUACAGUUCAAAGUUGUGUUAACUGACCGUUGGAUUUGAGCAUUAAAUCAAAAGUCCCAAUCCCCAACCACCUUGGAACCCUAAAUAUUCUUCUCUCUAUAAGUCACUCUCCCUCUCUCACCUUCUCCUGAUCUCUCUCUUGUGCGCUCUCUCUCAUAAAAGAAUAUCACACCAUGCCAGAAAAUAGCAACCACAACAAACCCAACAAGCGUAAACGCUCAUGUCUUAUUGCCAUUGGUGCUAUCAUAUUCUUGAUCUUCCUACUCUUCAUCAUCGCCCUGAUUCUUGCCCUAACCGUUUUUAAGCCCAAACAGCCAAAAACCGAAAUCCUCUCCGCCUCCGUGGACGGUGUGGCUCCUCGCAUCACCUUCCCAGCUGUCCGGAUCGAACUCAACAUUACCCUCUACCUCACGAUCAAUGUCGAGAAUCAAAACCACGCAAGCUUCAGGCACGGCGAGGGAAAGACUUUGCUUCUUUACCAAGGCACACAGGUUGGGGAUGCAAACUUGUACCCGGGUAACAUCCCAGCGAGGGGCAACGCCAUGCUGCCCUGCCGGCUUACUUUACAGGCGGACAAGCUGGCGAACGACAUGAGCAAAUUGAUCAGUGAUGUGAUGGGGGGUGAGAUUAUGGUCGAAACGAAAACAAGGAUUCCAGGUAGGGUUACGUUCUUGGGGUUCAUCAAGAAGCACGCUGUAGCGAUUUCAGAAUGCCAACUGACGAUUGGGUUUCCGGACAUGAAGGUGAAGAGGCAAGAUUGCAAGAGCAAGGCCAAGUUGUGAGUUGUGUGAGUUUUUAUUACUUUGCUUUUGCUUCUCAAUGAUUC